AUGCCGUCGUCCUCGCAGAUGAGGAAGGAGGAGGCGGAGCUCCGCAAGAUAGCCAAGCAGUCGCGGCUUUCCCGCAAGGAGUCGGCGGCGAGAGAACGUCGACAAGAAAAGCGCAUGAAGAACGCAACGGGGCCCACCACCAACACCACCCAAACUAGACGGAGGGGCGCCAUUAUUUUGCCUUCUGAAGUGGAGGAGAUGCGACAGCGGAUGCUCACGGAUACCCCUUCUGCAACGUCGGGACGCGCGAAGCGCGGCAGCGUGAACGUGGGCGGGGAUAAAAAAAAGGGAGUGAAGCGGCAACGCCCUUCUUCCGCCUCUCCAGCAUCAUCGGCAUCGUCGAAGCACCCCCGUUUACAAGAACCACCGUAUGGCAUUGAGGUGCACUACAAGAAGGAACAAAUUCUUGUGGAUGUGAAACUGCACCAUGUUCCCCCGGUACAUGUGGAUGUUAGCGAGACGACGGACGAGAUGCUUGUUGUUGACACGAGUAAGCACACAAAGAAGUACCGACUGGAGCUUCCUAUACCGGAAGGAAUGCGCAUUAGCUCCAAUCAGGCGGAAUACGAGUUUGAUGUUAAAAAUGGCGUACUAAAUUGUGUGCUGCCCAUCAAGGGUGAAAUUCCUAAUUCGCUGAAGGCAGAAAGGGAGAAGAUACUGGAGAAUAUACGCAGGCAGAAGGCUCUGCGCUUUCGUAUCAGCGAAGACGGAGAGCUGAAGGUACGUAGUCGAAGGGCCCUACUAGCAAAGAGCGAAGGGGCACAGGCGGCUCUAAUGGAGGAGGAAAGGAAGAAAAAGACGCAGGCUCAACAGGAAGUUGUUGACGCCGAGGCUGGUGAAGAUGAGGACAAAAAUAAGGAGGAGACAGCGGCAGCAACCGACUCCAGUAAAAGGGAAGCGCAGGGAACAAAGACGCAUCCGAAAAGGAAGAAGAAUAAUGCAACCGAGGAGGAAGAGCCGCCCAAGAAGCGCAGCAAGAAGGAGAUCUCCUUAACUCCUCACGCCGGGGUGGAACGGACGCACGAUUUUCACAAGGGCGGAAGCGACACAAGUGACCAGCCGGAACGGCAAACCCCACGACCGAAUACAAAGAAGGCCGCUGGUAGCAGCGUGUUUGACGAGGAGCACAAGAAGGCGUUGGAAAUUGCAAAGUCUGCCGAAAAGGCUGCGCAGAUGACACUGCGGGAGAGAAUAGCACACGCCAAGUUGUUGCAGAGAAAGAUGCAGGAGCGUCUUUUGGUCCGCAGCUCCCGCCGCAAAUUGCGGUCAGAGAGGACGCAGGAGUCCCUUUCCCGUAUUCUAGAAGAGCAGAAGCGCCAACUCUUAGCACGAGCCGAGUUGAAUGCCUCGAUAGCAGCGUCGGAAAAGAAGACAGCAGCGGGCCGAAAGGAGAACGGAAAGACCGUCACCUUUGCAGUCGGGACGAAGGAAGCAGGGGAAUAA